UUGUUCCUUCUCUGGAAUAUUUUAUGCCAGUGUAAACCGGCAUUAUAGUUCCUUCCUGUACAAAACAGAGAAAGUCCAGAGAUCUGGGGAGAGCGAGGUUGUUAAAACAAACGGGAGGAGGGGAUUUCUAUAACCACACAACGCUCGGGAAUUUCCCGGAAUUAUGGUUUCAGUCUGUUGGGACGUGUGUGAGCGAGCAGUCGCCUUGACCUUCGUUUCCUCUCCGGUCUUCACUUGUCCACUGUGCGUUCUGCUGGUCAAAGAUCUUAUAGCAGAGAUCUUUGCUGCUGGCCACCUGGCGUCGGAUUACCUGCAGGUUUAACAGCAAGGACUACUGCAAAAGCCACAGACUCCUUCCUGUGAGUUCUGCUUGUAGACCAGAACCAUUCACCGCCGCCUCCGCUUCGGAACAGUCACCCUGAAGCGAAAGUCAGGAAACUGAAAGUCGAUGAGAGAGAGAUAUUGAAGUCAGCGGCAGGGUGACUGACGGGGAGCUCCGGUACAUAGAGCAGUACAUCAUUGGAACAGGCCCUUCGACUCACAACAAUCUGUGCCAACUAAGAUGGUGAACCGAAUUAUGGAUAUAAGUUUUGAGCUAAAAUGUUGUCUUUUCUUCAUUCUGUUUGCAAGCACACACUCUGUUGAAAAGUUCAUGACUUUUAAAUGUGAGAGCCCAGUGAGAGGAGAAUUUAAUGUGGACACGAAGCUACGAUGCAGCCUGAAAACAACAGGGAUCAGUACAUUUACCACCAUUAAAUUACUAAAAGAUGACAAACCUCUUUUUACCUACGACACACGAGAACACAACAAUACAUUUCAGGGACAAAUUGAAUUACACCAUCUAGAUAAUGCGAGUGUCACACUGAUUAUCCAACAAACCAAACCAUCCAAUGGUGGGAUGUACCAUUGCAUCAUAUACACUGAUCAGGGCCAUGACAGUGCUGAUAUCGAGUUAGUGUUUAAAGCUCCAUACAGUUCGCCAAAUAUGACCUUACUUGAAGAAUCUAUCAGUUGCGAAACAAUGGGAUAUCCUCCUGCUCAGAUUCACUGGAUGCUCAAUGGAGAAAUAAAUCUCACCAAUAUAGCAAGAACCGACAGAGAAAACACAACCGAAGGUCUGUUUAUAAUCACCAGCAAACUUCCACUCAACCUAUCCAAAGAUAAUCGAGAGGAUAUCUAUACUUGUUCUGUAUGGAAUGAGGCAGAGGGAAGAAUUGAAGUGAAGACAUUCUCGUCAAUUUCAAAUCUUGUCCAACCGAGCCCAGAACCGAUAAGAGAAGAAAAGAAGAAAACAGUUCUCACUGCAGUCUAUGUCAUUAUUGGAGCUCUGCUCUCUGGAAUACUUAUCCUGGGUCUUUACCAACUCAGGAAAAGACACAGUCCAGAUCAAAGCCACGAACCAGAAUAUAUGGUAGGUUUGAUUUCAAAUAUUCGACUUAUUUUUAACGACUUGCGUCACUAUUCUUAUAGUUUCUUUGUUCUUUUAACAGUAAUAUCCGGAACAGUGCAACUGGUAAAUUCAAUCCGCUGAGCCAGCGUUUUGCAACGCAAUGUUUUAUCGGUUUGCUCAUCUUAUUGUGCAACUGCUCAACUUCAGCAUCCGCCACAGAGAUUGCGAAAAUCAUUGUAACCUGAAAAGUAAAAUUAUGCUUUCACGAUCCAGUGAUUGGACCAAAGAACGAUGGCACUUUGCUGAGCUCCUCCACUCGUUUCGUUUGACGUCACCAACAUCAUACAUUGAUUAUUCACACUUAGUAAAACACAACGGCACGGUGGCGCAGCAUUGGAGUUGCCGCCUUACAGCGCCGGAGACCUGGGUUCGAUCAUGACUAUGGGUUCUAUCUGCACAGUGUUUGUACAUUCUCCCUGUGACUGUGUGGGGUUUUCCCAGGUUUUUCAGUUUCCUCCCACAGUCCAAAGACGUUCAGGUUGGUUGUAAAAUUGUAAAUUGUUUGUAGUGUGUAGGCAAGUGCUAGUGUACAAGAUGAUCGCUGGUCGAUACAGACUCGCUAGGCCAAAAUCAAAAGAAAGACUGGAUACAAAAGAGGUCAAUCUGCUUCCCUAAGGAAUAACACUGCUUUACACAUAGAAUGCUUAAUAAAUCAAUGCGCCAGCCACCAUAAAUGUAUAAUAAAA